UUAUACCAUUAUAGGUAUCACACACACGCCGUCGACGUUUUCCAAAUGGAAAGUCGAAAAUCAUCAGUGAGGACUACCGACGAACUUGAAGCGUUUGAUGAGCCAGAAGACGUCUGUGAAACGUCUUCGAAGCACCGUCAAACUCAUCAGUUACGGGUAUGGGGGGGCCACAACGUCCACGAAGAUCCGAAGAACGCCGAAUCGUACGAAAUCGAAAAACGGGAAGUGAUUAUCACGGUCAACAACUUCAUUACAAAGUUGUACGUUGACAGUCAACGGUUCAAAAAAAAGCUCGAUGACGAUUAUACGGCCGGAGAAAAGUAUGAGGAGAUGGAGGAUUUAAUGGACCGAGUAGAAAUAGCUCAUGAUUUAAUUACCAGGCUCAGACAGUUGCUAACGAUGGAGAAAACCGACUCGGUAAUGGACCAUUCGUUGAACAGGACGAGGUUUUUUAAAAUGGACGACGAUUGCAAAACCCAAAACGAAGAGCGAGAAAAUGUUCGACAAAAAGCGUUGGUCGAGAAAAGGAGAAGGGUGCAGUUAUUUAGUGAAACCAUAGACUCCAUCAGCGAAAGAUAUAAUUCAGUGGUCGUAACGAUAAAUGCCCCGAAUGAUUUCAAGUUUCUAGACGAGUUCAAGACGAAUACAAUACCUCUGGAAUUGAAAAAAAACAUGACAAAAAAUAAGAGAGAUACGAAGAACGAUGGCCGCGGCAAUAAAGAAGCUAGCCCAGUGCUCUGGUCGCCUUUCGAAAUAUUGAACGGCAGAAUCGUCGACUCGGAUGUCAAGCCGACUUACCGAAUCAUCGGCACCGACGUCACCAGCUACAAAACCGUAUACAACUAUUCUUGCACUCUGUACGGACUCUACGUUGAAGGGAAAGGUUCGAAAAAAGAAAAAGCCAAAGAGGACGCGGCUACAGAAAUGAUCCGUCAAAUACUAAAUGAGCAAAAUGCUAAAACGCUUCCAAAUCAAUUUAAGCCGUUCAACGAACAAGAAAUUAAUGACUUACAAGCUUUGCUCAAAACCAAACAAAAUUAUACAGAAUUUUUAGAAGAAACUACUAAAGAAGACAUUCCAUUGCCAUUAAAAAUCAAAUCCAAUGCGAGGCGUACCUAGAAAAAUAUGUCGAGACAUAAAUAAAAUUAACAAAAGUACCUAUAACUUUCAUAGGUUCACUAUCACGAAAUGACUAAUCACACAUAGUACUAUUACAUGAUAUGGUAUUCAUGUGACCUACGGGACCGAUAAUUAAUUUAAAAACAGUCAAAUUAAAAGUCUUAAAAUUAUGUUAAUAACUACCUAUUUAAUUAAUUAGUAAUAGAAAUAUAAAACAAUACGGGAUUACUGUACAGAAAAAUGUAAAUCUUGCCUGUUACAAUAGAUCGGUACCCGUAAAAAACAUAGCUGAUAAUCGUCUUGGUAGGUCACCUGGUCACAUACUAAACUCGAUUUUCAAUCGGUAGGUCACAUACUAAACGAAUACCCGUAAUAUUCUAUACCAUCGCACAAAUCUUAGUUUAUAAAUUAUAAAACGAAUAGUCAUAAGAUUAAUUUUGUAUACUAUAACUAUACAUAGAUAUUGUGGGUGGGUAGAAUAAGUUUAAUUUGUUUACCAUAUACUACAGUCUGUAAUAUUAUUAUGAUUAUAAAAAACGAAAACGACGCAUGUGUUUUGUUGACAAUCACUUGGUUUUAAAAAGUUAUAGAUAAAUUAAGUCUUAAUAAGUUUCCGCUAUCGCAGCGUAUAUUUUAGUCGAAAAAAAGAUACGGUUUAUCGUGUAAUAAUUUAGUACUUAAAUAUUGUAUCGCGGUUGUCGUCAACAUAUAUAAUGUUAAAAUGUUAUCCUGCAUUUUUAGAC